UCUACUGUGAAAACUGCUCAAAUUUUGUACGUCGCUUCCAUUGAUUUUUGUUGUGGCCAAAGAUUUGAGCUCUCGGCGAAACCUAAAACUAAACAAAACACACAAGCCAGCGUAAUGGGUUCGAGGUCCCGCACUCCUAGUCCGUCGGGCAAGCGGCGCCAUCACAAGAGCAAGCACAAAAAACGCAGUAAGUCCCACCACGACCACGAGCGGCCCAGUACGCGAACGGAUAGAGACAAAUCCUCGGAGGUGAACAGCCAUGGCCGCCAUCGCGAGCGGGACAGGGAUCGCGAGCGGGAGCGCGACCGACACCGCAGCGACCGCCACACGGAGCGCGAUUACCGUCACUCUCCCUCUAUCCUCAAGUCCCGGAAGCGCUCGUCCUCGUCGAGUAGCGAUAGUCAAUAUUCCGAGCAAGAGUCGCAGCGUAGCAAACAGAAACGCAGCCGCUUCAAGAAGCUGGAUGAGCAAAACCAGCUGCAGGUCGAACGCUUGGCCGAGAUGGAGCGGCAGCGGCGAGCGAAGGAGGCCGAGCAGAAGACAGUCGAAGAGGAGGCUGCCAAGCGUAUCGAGAUGUUGGUGAAGAAGCGCGUCGAAGAGGAACUGGAGAAGCGGCGCGACGAGAUCGAGCAGGAGGUCAACCGACGCGUCGAGACCGCCAAGGCCGAGAUGGAGCGCGAGAUGAUGCUAGAGCUGGAGCGGCGGCGCGAGCAGAUACGCGAAGAAGAACGCCGGCGCGAGGAGGAUGAAAAACAGAAACGCGAAGAGCUCGAAGAAAUUUUGGCCGAAAACAAUCGCAAAAUCGAAGAGGCGCAAAGAAAACUGGCCGAAGAACGGUUAGCAAUCAUUGAAGAGCAGCGCCUUAUGGACGAAGAGCGGCAAAGGAUGCGCAAGGAGCAGGAGAAGCGCGUUAAGGAAGAACAGAAGGUCAUACUAGGCAAAAACAAUUCCAGGCCCAAGCUUUCGUUCUCCCUCAAACCGGGAGCAUUAUGAGAGGCGAAUGCGUCUGUGUGGUGACCGUGGCACCUUUUCUUGUUAACAGCUUUUGCUUUUUUUUUUACCUCAGUGGCUUUUUGCCUGCGCCAAAGAUCGUCCACUCGUUUUGAUUGUUGUCAUUGUGUUCUAUAUAUUAUUUUAUUAUUUUAAGGACGAGCCAAUGGUGUUCGGGGCAGGCAAAGCGAGGCCAAUAGAUUCACCGUUUUCAAAAUUGCCAAUUAUUGAACAUAUACGGCUCUAUAUAGUACAAUACGCUAGCGAUUUACUUAACCUUUUCUACAUAAACAAUUCAUAUGUGAGACAAAUGAUUAUGUGUAGUGCGUCGUACUGUUGACACAGCUGAAAAAUUUACGAAAAACCAAAAACCGAUGUCAGUGAAAUACAUAUGUAAUCUAUUUGCAAUUUUUUGAUAUUUCAAGAAAACAUAUAAUGCAACUGAAAUCGAUAAUAAAAUCUUUAGAAAUGCCAAA